GAGUUCCCCACACCGCCCCCACUCUCCUCCCAAGUUACCGGCUGGAAGGACCGGGAAGGGGGGUGGGGGGUGCAGCGCGAGAGGAGAGGGAAGGUCACGUGAUGUUUGGGUGUUCGAUCUUCCCCACCCAAAUCUUCCUUUUUCCCCUCCCCUUCCCAACCCCCGCCCCUUCUCCGUUAACUGCUCAGUGCGUGCUCCCGAGCCAACCAGUCGCAGGUGAGGAAGCAUCUUAACUGGCAUCUGAGGAGACUUAAGGACUGUUUCCUACAAACCCUCUUGGCAGAGCUUCCCCUUUGAUGGAGGAGAGAUUUCAGAAAGUUCUGAGAAAAGAUGGGGAGAAGAGCUGUCUCAUAGGGAAGUCUGUUGCCUGAGGAAACAGUAGAUUCUCCUUUCCUCCUUCCUAAGGAUCUUUAAGGGCUGUGCUCCCCACUGGAAGCCAACUGGACAUCUGAUCCUACUUCCCCCAACAGUGCUCCCCAAAAGGACACUCUGGCUACUCCCCCUAGCAGGAUGGCUGGGCCCAGUGCCGCUCGGGCCAAGAAGAGGAAGCCCAACUUCUGUCCACAGGAAACAGAAGUGCUAGUGUCCAAAGUGACCAAGCACCACCAGCUUCUCUUUGGGACAGGGCUUCUGAAGGCUGAGCCAACCCGCAAGUACCGAGUCUGGAGCCGCAUCUUGCAGGCAGUGAAUGCCCUGGGCUAUUGCCGGAGAGACAUAGUGGACCUGAAACACAAGUGGCGAGAUCUGCGAGCUGUGGUGCGGCGGAAGCUGGGGGACCUGCGCAAAGCAGCCCAUGGUCCUGGUUCAAGCAAGCCCCAGGCCCUGGCCCUCACCCCCGUGGAGCAGGUGGUGGCCAAGACCUUCUCCUGCCAGGCUGGGCCAGUGGAUGGCUAUGGUCUGGAGGCCCUGAGAGCCUCCCAGAUUGAUCCCACUGACCUCCAGGAGCUGUUCCAGGAGACAUCAGCAAAUGUCUUUCGAGUCAACUCAACUGUGACCUCCUUGGAAGGGAGCCUCCGAUCUCUGGGUACUGCAGGUGACACCCUGGAGCUGCGCAGUAGCCUGCAUGCAUCACAGCAAGAGACCAAUAAAACCAUCUGUGCCAGCAUCAGUACCAUCAAGCAGCUGUCAGAGCUUGUGCGGGGCUCAUCUCAGCAAGAAUGUCUCCAGCUAGACCGACUGAGAAAUCAACUAUUGGAUAUUCUCCAGCGCUAUGGAGCUAUUCAGAAGAAAAUAGCAGAAACAUCCAAGGCUCCACUUCCCCUGGUGGCCACGAUGGGGGCACAGCGGAGCAGAAGGCAGCAGCAGCAGCAGCAGCAACAGCAGCAGCAGAGUCCCAGAACCCCAUUUGCAGACCUGGCUGAUGAGAAGAUCUUUAAUGGGGGUGACAGUAUGUGGCAGAGCCAGGAUCAAGCCCUGCUCCCAGAAAUCACCGAUGAAGACCUGGAUACUCUCAGGAAUCGGGAAGAUGCUGUUCAGCAGAAUGAGAGUGAUAUGCUGGAUGUGAACCAGAUCAUCAAAGAUUUGACUUCCCUGGUCCCUGAGCACGGCGACAUGCUUGGGUCCAACAUCAAUGUGUUAACAUGCAAGAGGAGCCCCAGUCCAGACUCUGCAGUGGCUACCCCUUUGUUAGCGGAUGGACCUGGUUCCACACCCCCACAGCCAGGCCAUCACUCACGCACCAAGACCCGAAAACCAAACUUUAGUCCUCAGGAAACAGAGGUACUGGUGCAAAAGGUCACACGACAUUACCAGCUACUCUUUGGGGCACUCCGGGGCACACCAGCCAAGAAGCACCGUGUGUGGAACAAGAUCCUGCAAGCUGUCAAUGCACUGGGGUACUGCCGGCGGGACAUGGGAGACCUGAAACACAAGUGGAGGGACCUUCGGGGUGUUGUGAGAAAAAAGCUGGGGGAACAGCAGAGAGCCUCAACUGAGGGUGGGCAGGCCCAGGCCCUAGUCCUCACCCCUGUGGAACGCAUGGUAGCUGAGACCUUCUCUGCCCAUAACAUCCAAGGUGAAAGCCAAGGAGCCGAGUCCAUGCCAACAGCUGAUGAAGAGGAAGAAGUGCCCAGCUGCCUCUGGAUGCCCCUGCGGAAUAUGGACACUCCAGGCCUGGCAGAAUCUGACCCCUUGGACCUUCGGGGAGUCCUCCACACCUCAGUCUCCUCCCCCUCUCCCCCUACCUCCCCCGCAGCAGCCCUUCUGGGGGCCAACUAUGGGGGCAGCAGUGGAUGGAGGCCCGCCCUGCAGGCGUCAGCGCUGUUGGCCCCCCCCACCAGCAAACCCAAAGCUGAAAUCUCAGAGUUUGAGCAGCAGCUGAUGGAUGCCCAUCUCCAGCAGGGAGCCCUCCUCUCCUCCUGGUACCAGCAGCAGAGCUCCCUGAUGACCCAGCAGAAUGUCCUCCUGGAGCGUCUGGCAGAACAGAGCCAGCGGCUGGCCGACGGGGUGGAGGCCCUCAAUCGGACCCUUGAAAGGCUGGUGGAGGCACAUCCGCCUGCCCAGGGGGCGGCCCACCUCAUCCAGGACAGCCCCUUGGCCUCUGCUAGUGGUCGCGGGCCCUCUCGAGUGCCAGUGGGGGACUCGGGCAGCCCCUCUGCAGGCCUUGAUGUCUUCUCCGGGAUGAUCUUGAAGGUAGAGGAAGAAAUUUAGGACAAGUACCUCGCUGGUCGGGAACCAGUCUACUGAGACCAACAGGAAAAACGAUUUUUCCCCCAAAUGAUCUUGAGAGUUCAGAAGGAAAUCUAAGACUAUGACUCAUUGUCUUCUCCUGCUGUCCUGCUUGUGAAGAAGAGUGGGGGCUCUGAGAUAGGGAAGUCAGGAGCCAGUCGAGGAGAAGUUGGACCAAAAAAAAAAAAAGAUUCUAUGGGGGCAGAAAUUAUCAAAGAGUUCUAGGUAGGUAAGUGCUUGCCUGCCUGUCUCCCAGGUGCCAGCCCUGCAUUUCUAAGGGGUCACAGAGACAGGGUGGAAUGGGGGAAUUGACCUAAAGAGAGCAGAGCAGAGCAGAGGGAGAUCUAGUCACAGGAGAAAGUGAGGUCAAGGUCUCCUAUUUCCUGACUUUCCCUUCUAAACUGUUCAGAUCAGACAGGGAAGCAAACCCCAGAGCCUGAAAGAGGAAGAGCACAAGAGACUCAACAUCCUGGGAAUGCCAGGGCAGAAAGGUCCUCCUGGGAAAUCAUGAAACAAAUUAGCUUCAUAACUAUAGAUGUCUGAGCCAACCAGAGUCUGGAAUUUGAACUCUGAUCAGUUCUAAAAGUGCUCCUCAAAGUUCUCCUGGUGGACUUAAUCAAGGCAAAAGUCACCUGCAACUCAAACAAAAAUUUGAAUAGUUCUGGGCAGCUUCUCCUCAUUUCAGGCCUAUUACUACCUAGGUCUGGGCUCCUUCCUCCCUUAGGUUCUGCCCAGACCAGAAGAGAUUCCGUCAUCCCAGAGGAAUUUCUGUUUCUAGGUCUGUUUUUAUAUCUCCACUUAAAACCAGCUAAUACUCUAUUUGUUCUUUGGUGCUGCCUGUAGGGAUCAGGAGCUACUUUAUACCUCUUGGUUUUUAUUGUGAAAGAUAUUUUUCUUACAUAAGCAUAAAACAAUUUUUAAAAAAAAUAAUGAUGGUGAUGGUAAUGAUGGUAACUAUGAAUAAAUGAAAAAAGCAAAAA